CGCACGUGUGCUGUACCAAUUUCAUCCGUGGCCAACUUGCAUUCACCUCCGCGGCUGUCGUGGCGGAAACUAGGGUUUAACGGCCUGCCCGAUCUCAGAAGUCACAAUCAGCCUUCGCUGCGCUAGACUGGGUUGGGUUGUGGCAUUAUGUUUCCUACCUCAUUUAUCUUCGCCUCCCUCCAGCGUCAGAGCCGCCGGGGCUUCUUUCCCACAAUCUUCUGUCGCCACCACCCUCACAACAGGUUCCUUUCAACCCAAGUGGAAUACCCACUGACACACCCCACUUACGCUAUAUGGGCCGCUAAUACAUCUCUCGGGAAAACUCUCGUCUCUGCUGGCCUAUCCAUAUCCUUCCUCUCGGCUCCAGAUAAGAAAUUCAUUUACCUGAAGCCCUUCCAGACUGGAUUUCCUCUGGAUUCCGACUCCCGCUUUGUUUACCAAAAAUUCACUGAGUUCGUUUCUCUGCACCGUCCUGGAUUCUCUGUUCUUGCUUCUGACCAUGUCCUCCGAGCCUCUGGUCCGGCAUCCCAGGAGCUUUUGAACAAGACUUACGGUGGCGGAUUUGUGAAUCUGGACUGGCACGAAAAGAAGUUGUUGGGGAAUGGGGAUGGAUUGGACGUCCCAGAGCUUGCUUGUAAGACACUGUAUGCCUGGAGAGAGGCUUUAUCACCUCAUGUGGUUGCAGAGAAGGAAGGAGCUCCGGUGGAUGAUAUUGAAUUGUUAGAAAAGCUGAAAGGCUGUUUAAGAGUUAGUUCAGAGACAUGGGUUCACCAGGGUGGAGCAAAUGUGGAUAUGAUGUGUGUGAUUGAGACUGCUGGGGGUGUUGCCAGUCCUGGUCCCUCUGGUUCACUCCAAUGUGACUUGUACCGGCCUUUUCGUUUGCCAGCAAUUCUUGUUGGGGAUGGGAAACUAGGUGGUAUUUCUGCAACAAUUUCUGCAUAUGAGACUCUAAAGCUUCGUGGUUAUGAUGUCGUUGCUAUUGUCCUUGAAGACCAUGGCCUUCUAAACGAGACGUCACUACGUUCAUACUUGAGGGAGAGCAUCCCAGUGCUUGUGCUUCCACCUAUACCGCAAGAAAUGUCGAAUGAUCUUAUGGAAUGGUUUUAUCAAUCCCAGGUUGUCUUCAGUUGUCUUCUGGAAAUAAUGUGCUUAACAUCUCAUAGAAGAAUACAACGACUGCAUUACAUGCCAAAGAAGGGUCGCAAAAUUUUCUGGUGGCCUUUUACCCAACAUAAGCUUAUAUCUGAAGAACAUGUUAUGAUGAUUGAUUCACGCUGUGGUGAGAACUUUGCAGUGCACAAUGUCUGUGGUCUUGCUAAGAAUGUUGAUUCUAUUAUUCCACAAUUUGAUGCUUGUGCAAGUUGGUGGACACAGGGACCUGAUGCUAGUUUGCAG